GAAAAAGGCCCCCCUAAAUUCGAGCGCGUCGUCCUCCGAAUCCAUGGCCUCAAGUGCGGUUGCUGUGAAGGAGGACUCUCACGCACUCUUGAUCGCAUUGCGGCUAUCCGAAACUAUCAAGUGAACACAGUUUUGGCUAGAGUGGAGUUUGACUUGGAUGUGAACGUCCUUUGCGCCGACGAUGCCAUUAUGCUGCUGACUACAAAAACGGGAUACAACUUUGAGGAGCAAGUUACAUUCAAUGGACAGGUAUUAGAGGUCAUCAUCACCGACCCUCGGCGCCUGGAGCACGCUGGUCAGCCCAAAGGUAACCCCACAAAUGAAAUUUCAAGCGUUAGAAUACCUCCGACAAAGAUAUACUACGACCCGAUCAAGAUAGGUGCCCGCACUGUGUUUGAGCAUUAUCAGCAGUACGAUCCGGACAUAUGCUUGGCGCCUCUGACCAUAGACCCCGGAAUUGAGCUUGGAGCCAAGCAAACAACUCGAGCUUUGCUAUGGUUUCUUCCUACAUUAGCCCUGACAAUCCCUGUGCUUGUGUUCGCCUGGGCACCCGUUGAUCGCGAUCAGCCGGCUUUUCUCCUGGCAUCCUUAGCUCUUGCAACACUAGUUCAACUUAUCGCUUUCUGGGAGUUUGUUCCAGGCGCUUUACGAUCGCUCUAUCACUCCCACGUUUUGGAGAUGGACUUCCUGAUCGCCUUCAGUACCACUAUGGCGUAUGGUUUCAGCCUAGCGUCCUGGAUUUUCCAAAUUCGGGGAGAGACUUUGGAAACAGGAUCUUUCUUUGAGACAUCAACUCUGUUAGUCACAUUGAUCUUACUGGGUCGUGUGAUCAAUGAAUUUGCGCGUUUUCGAGCUACCAAAUCCGUCUCUUUCCGAUCACUUCAGAUCGAAGAAGCACUUUUGGUGUCACCCUCUGCCAAUGACAUUUGGGCCAAUGUGAAGACCACUCGGAUUGAUUCUCGUCUCUUACAGUACGGCGAUGUUUUCAUCGUUCCUCCUUAUACCAGGGUCGUAACGGACGGAAUUGUCAUUUACGGAGGCUCUAAUGUCGAUGAAUCAAUGAUUACUGGGGAGUUCAAGCCCAAAGCGAAAGGCUUAUCAUCCGAAGUCUUCGCUGGCACGACCAAUCAAGACGGUUCCCUUGUCGUCAGUCUAAGGAAGUUAUCUCAUGAGAACUCCAUACAAAAGAUUGCAACUCUAGUUGAAGAUGCUGAACUGAGCAAACCGAAAGCUCAAGCCCUUGCAGAUCGCGUAGCCGAGUAUUUUGUGCCCGUAAUAGCUCUCAUCGGUCUGUCGGUCUUUCUCUACUGGUUGCUUAUCGACAGGUAUUAUAACAACCACACAUGGAAAAGCGCGGUUCUUACUGCAAUUACCUACGCCAUAGCAACUCUUGUUGUGUCAUGCCCAUGUGCUAUUGGCCUAGCUGUUCCUAUGGUUAUCCUUAUUGCAAGUGGCGUGGCAGCACGGUAUGGUAUCAUUCUCAGAGACCCUCAGAAGCUAGAGAUCGCACGAAAAGUGACACAUGUAGUAUUCGAUAAGACUGGAACGCUUACUAGUGGGAGGUUGGACGUUGUGGGUGUUCCACGAUACCGAAACACUGACAGAACACGCGUGAACGGACUGAUGAUGGGACUUUUGAAAGACAUCAAGCACCCAGUAGCCGUUGGAAUCGUACAUUACCUCACGCAAGACAGGAUCGCCAACAAAUACUACGAACCUCUGGAGGUCAACAACAUUGUCAGCUUUCCUGGGAAAGGAGUGGAAGGCACUUGCGCCAAAACUGGAGCCGUGGUCCGCGCCGGAAAUGCCGAUUGGCUGAAGAUCAGCGUAAUUGGACAUGAAUCAAACACGAGGUGCUACUUUACGAUUGCGGGAGACCUUCAAGCCAGUUUUGAGCUCAAGGAUCGCACUCGCCCUGGAGCGGAAAUGGUUAUUGAAAAGCUUCAUGAUCGAGGUAUCCAAGUACAUAUAGUCAGCGGCGACACUGAGAAUGCAGUGGAUGACGCUGCUAGUGCACUUCAUAUUCACAAAGAGAACAUCAAGUCGCGCUGCAGACCCGAUGGGAAGUGCACAUACAUCAAAGACCUUCAAAGAUCGGGAAAAACUGUCAUGUUUAUAGGCGAUGGCACAAACGACUCUGCUGCACUCAAGCAGGCCGAUAUUGGCGUACAUAUCAGCCAGGGAUCUGACGUCGCCAAAAGUGCUGCGGACAUCAUCCUAAUGACCACCCGUCUACACGACAUCUUGAUAUUGCUGGACAUUUCCGAUGCUGCAUACCGACGCAUUGUCGCCAACUUCACUUGGUCCGGCGUAUACAACACUGUUGCAAUCGCGCUUGCAGCUGGUAUUUUUGCUCAAAUAGGCCGUCAGAUCAGAAUCGAGCCGCAAUGGGCUGGGUUGGGUGAGCUCUUUAGCGUGCUGCCGGUACUCUUGAUUGCAUUUCAGAUGCAGUGGCGUGACUAUGGGAGUAUUUACCGGUUGAUUGAGAACGAUUAUCAAAAAUUUGAAGCGCCCAAACGUGAGCGCGUCGUUCGAACUCGCCAAAGCUCUUCAAUGAAUAGCGCAGAGUGUUGCGAGAUUUCAUCGUCCAAGUUGGCGAAGAUCGAUGCUGUGACGAGGUAA